AGCAUCCUUGUCACUUCCUAGGUAGGACCAGCCCCUCAGCAUCGUCUAGGGCUCCCCCGCUCAGGGACACCCCCUCCCAGUGUCCCAGCUCCCCAACACCUGCGGGCUCCGGGGUGGGGGGGAUUCAGUAGUUGCUGGAUACAUAGAGAGAACAGGGCAGACGGAGGCGCUGGAUCGGAAGAACAGGAGCCCCAGCCCCAGGCUGCGAAGGAGGAGGCUGGAUGCUCCCGACAGGUUCCACACAUGUUUAUUGAGAUUGGCGUCUGAGAGUCCAGGCCCUAGCUCGAAGUGCAGCCGCUCCGGAGACAGACCAUGGCCACAGACCUGGGUACAAGUGCAGAUUUGGGUCUCCAAUUACAGGUGCCUUUAGAGCAGGGGGUGCAGCCCCCAGUAAAAAGGGAGGAACAAGACACACCAGGCCCCGAGCCAGGGCAGGGAGUGGAGCAAGGAGAGACCCUUCCCUUUGUUGUCUGCUCUGGGACCAUCGGGGAAUUAUUGAGAUGGGCGGCUCCACAACAGUCCAGGCCUCAGAGGCAGGACGAGCCGCCCCAGCGCUGGGAAGUCCAGUGGCAGGAGGUGCUGCAGGCCCUAUGGACCCCUCCUGAAGUUGUGCCGGCCCCGGUGACGCUACAGCUACCUGAGCUGGCACCAGGGGACGAUAUCGAGGCCUAUCUGGCCAACUUCGAGCAUGUGGCUAAUGCCUGCCAGUGGCCGAGAGGAGAGUGGGUAACGCGACUCGUGCCAGCACUCAGCGGAAAAGCCCGACAGGCCUACAGCAGCCUGGAGGCUAGAGACAGCAGAGACUAUGGGAAGGUGAAAGCUGCCAUCCUGCAAGGGGAGGACGCCCGCCUGGAGACGCGGCGCCGGUGCUUCAGGCAAUUCCGCUACCAAGAGGCCGAGGGGCCCCGGGAGGCUUACAGCCGCCUCCAGGAACUCUGCCAUCGCUGGCUGGAGCCGCAGAGCCGCACCAAGGAGCAGAUCCUGGAGCUGCUGAUCCUGGAGCAGUUCCUGACCAUCCUGCCAGAGGAAAUGCAGAACUGGGUCUGGGAACGUGGCCCAGAGAACUGCGCCCAAGCGGUGGCCCUGGCAGAGGGGUUCCAACUGAGACAGCCAGAGGCUGGAUUAUGGGAGCAGCAGGUCACGGUGCGUGUGAAGGUUGAGGAAGUGACUUCGGAGAAGAUUGCUUCCCCUGAGGCAUUAUGGGAUGCUCCCGGCUCGCAGCCAGAGCAGCUGCAGCCCCAUCACGAAUGUGUAUCCCAGGAGGAGGUGGGACGAGCUGAGACCCCAGGACACCAGUAUGAACCACUCUGUGUCCCCAAAGAGGAGCCCCCGAUCCUCCAGGAAAUAGAUAAUAAGCCAGGCCCCCUGCCUCAUUCAGAGCACAUGAUGGAUGGUGAACACAGGAUGAUGGGUGACGUGGUGCUGAGCGCAAGUCCCCAGCUGGAGGUGCCAAGCGCAAGUCCCCAGCAGGAGGAGACUGAGAUGGCAGGGCCACGCAGGGUGUCCCUGGGAAGAUACAAAGGGAAGGCGUCACGGACUCAGCGCAGGGUGGGGAGGCAACAUGGGAGCCCCACUGGGAAAAGGCAGGUGGAACCAGCCCCUCCCCUACCAGAUUUGGGGAAGCCCGAACCCCAGCCCAGGCCUUUCAAAUGUCCUGAGUGUGGGAAAACCUUUUGCCGCAGCUCUGACCUGCUCAGACACAAGCGGAUCCACCGGGGGGACCGGCCCCACCACUGCACUGAGUGCGGGAAAAGCUUUGUCCGGAACUCCCACCUCCUGAUCCACCAGGUGAUUCACCGUGGUGAACGCCCCUUCACGUGCAGUGAGUGCGGAAAGAGCUUUAGCCAGAGCUCCACCCUAACAAGGCACCAGCAGAUCCACACUGGCGAGAAACCCCACCGCUGCCACCAGUGUGGCAAGAGCUUUGGGCGCAACUCCAAUCUGACAAGGCACCAGAGGCUCCAUGCGGCCGAGAGGGUCUACCGGUGUGCGGGAUGCGGGGAGGCCUUCCGCAGCAGGGGGCUACUCAUUUCUCACCAGCGGUGCAGCAAGAAGGAGAGGCCAGAGGCUUGCAGAAAGCGCACAGCGCCAGCUUAUGCCUGGCCUUUCACUUUGGGUGAUAUUUGUCAGCGGGUUGGUUUGGAAAAAGCUGGUGUGGGGGGGGCAUGUGCAGCGGGAUCAGGGUGCAGGGCUGUAGCGGGGAAGCUGCGGAGACCCCCGGACUCGGUGCACCAAGGGAUCGGCCUGGGUGGGGGGCUAGGCCAGGCCAGCCCCGCUCUUCUCGUCUGUCCAGGGUCUUACCCCGGGCCUGUCACCGCGGGCGCCCCGGGCCAGGCUCCGCGGCGGGGUGGGGAACGCCCCGGGCUCGGGUGCGCGGCGGGGAGGCCGCGGGGCAGGCGCAGAUGGACAAAGGGGCCGGGGGCUGGCUUGGCCCUGCGGCCUGCUGGAGCCUGUCGCGCUGCCCGGGGCCGGGGCCUGCGGCGGGGACAGGACCCGUCUGCCCCCCGCCUGCCCCACACCAGGGUGGAGUCUGUGACGUACCCUGACUUUCUGGUUGAUACUGAGAGCAAUGGCCCCUUUCCACUGGAGGAUCCCAGCGAGGAGAGCUUCCCGAUGGCACACUCAGCCGAGUUCUCGUGGAUGGAGCGAGGAGAGGAGCUAUGUGACGCCGACUCAGAUGAGCGGGAGGAGCUGAGAGUUGUCCUGACAGAUGACGGCGCCCUGAGUGAGGACGAGGAGGCGGACGAUGUGCAGGAGCAGGACGACGAUGAUGGGGAGCCAGAAGGGCCAUUCUCAGCCCGCUCCGAAGGGGACGACUCCUGCGGGAGCUCUGAGAGGCCACAGGGUAGAUGGCGUGAUGCAGGUGCGGGUGAGCAGGCCUGCGAUGCGGAGGAUAAGCCCUUCCGGUGCUCUGAGUGUGGCAAAGGGUUUGCCCAGAGCUCCAACCUGAUCAAACACCAGCGGGUCCACACCGGGGAGCGGCCCUACCGCUGCCACCAGUGUGGCAAGGCCUUCACCUGGAGCUCAUCGCUGCUGGAGCACCAGAAAUCUCAUGCUGGCGAAAAGCCGCACAGCUGUCCAGAGUGCGGGAAGAAGUUCAGUCGUGGCUCCACCCUGCUGGAGCACCAGCGCAUCCACACCGGCGAGAAGCCUUUCCGCUGCCACCAGUGUGGCGCCCGCUUCAGCCAGAGCUCCACGCUGGUGCACCACCAGCGCACCCACACCGGGGAGCGUCCCUACCGCUGCGACGAGUGCGGGCGCAGCUUCGGCCGCAAGUCCACACUGGUGACCCACCGCCGAACCCACACCGGCGAGAAGCCGUACCACUGCCUGGAGUGUGGACGCAGCUUCGUGGUCAGCUCGGACCUGGCCAAGCAUCAGCGCACCCACACCGGCGGCCAAGGCCCCUACCGUUGUGGGGAGUGCGGGGAGGGCUUUGGCUGGAGCGCCGCCUUGGCUGCCCAUCGAGCCAGCCAGCAUGGUGCCGAGAAGCCCUACCGAUGCUCCGAGUGCGGGGAGGCUUUCCACCAAAGCGCUACGCUGCUGGUGCACCAGCGCACCCAUGCCGGCGACGAGGCCUUCACCUGCUCCGACUGUGGGGAGUGCUUCCUGGAGAGCGCCAAGCUGGCCCGGCACCGUCGCACCCGGCACAGCGCCGACGGGGAGGAGAAACCUUUCAAGUGCUCUGAGUGCGGCAAGGGCUAUGCCCAGAGUGCUGGCCUGCGACACCACCAGCGAGAGCAACCCUUCCGCUGCCCACAGUGCGGCCUGAGCUUCCUGUGGAGCUGCCGGCUGGCUGAGCACCGCCGCAGCUGCCGCAUGGCUGAGAAGCCCUACAAGUGCCCCGAGUGCGGCAAGAGUUUCGGCCAGAGCUCCAAGCUUCUGCGGCACCAGGUGACUCACACCGGCGAAAAACCCUACAAGUGUCCUGAGUGCGGCAAGAUCUUCAGCCAGAGCUCCAAUCUGGCGGAGCACCGGCGCACGCACGCCGGCCAGAAACUCCACCGCUGCGGCAUCUGUGGCAAGAGCUUUGCCCUGGGCUCCUAUCUGGCCAAGCACCAGAUCACCCACACUGGGGAGCGGCCCUACCGCUGCACCGAGUGCGGCAAAGGCUUCCGGCAGAGCUCCAACUUGAUCCAGCACCAGCGCACCCACACCGGCGAGCGCCCCUACACCUGCCCCCAGUGCGGUAAAAGUUUCUGCCAGAACUCGCACCUCAUCAAGCACCGGCGCACCCACACUGGUGAGCGCCCCUACCGCUGCCCCCAGUGCGGCAAGAGCUUCCGCCAGAGCGCCAACCUGCUGGAGCACCAGAACACCCAUACCGGCGAGCGCCCCUACCAGUGCGGCCAGUGUGGCAAGAGCUUUUGCUGGAGCUCAGCCUUCAGCAAACACCAGAGGACGCAUCUCAGCUAGGGGAGCUGUGCUGGGACCUACCUGAGCCUGGGGCCCUGUAUUGGGAUUCUCGGUCCCCCCAUAUGGGGAUCACCAAGCUCCAUCUCCAAUUAUGGACCCCAUAUGGGGAUCCCCAGGAGCCAGGGCAACACUGGGACCCCUCCCUGCUUCCCCCCUCUCCCCUCCGAGCAAGGGGACCCUAUAGAGAGACCACCAGGACAUCCCAUGGACAUGCUGGAGAUCCCAGCCUAUCUUGCAUCAGGAUGGCCCUGGUUGUUCCUUUCCAUAAGGGAAGCAGGAUGCAGCCAUGGCACAUGGAGGCAAACCAAGAUCAGGCCCCGUCAUGCCGGGCACUGCAUAGACACGCAGCGACUGAGAUCAGGCCCCGUCAUGCCGGGCGCUGCACAGACACACAGUGACUGAGAUCAGGGCCCUGUCACACCCGGUGCUGCACAGACACAGUCAACCACAGUCUCUGGUUUACAUCACUUACAUGUUCUGCUGUCCAUUGCCUCCCUGUCCAAUGCAGGACUGAUCAAACAGUGUAUUGGCCCAGUCUCGUUCUGCAUAUCCCUAGUGGCUGAGAUUUCACUUUCUCUGUUAGGUGACCAUUGUACAACUCUCGUCUUUAGCAAAUCUUUGAUGACACUGAAACUAAACUUCUCAUUUUGCUGACUCCUUUGGAGUUUUGUUAUUAAGAAGGAUGGGGAAAUGAGAGAUUGUGCUUUGGGGUCUAAUACAACUAAGAAGACUGCUAAGUAAUUUUGUUAACCACAGGGUGAAAGGUGAGGUGCUAUUGUGAAUCGGAAAGGAGCUAAGAGACAGGAAAGUAAUUGUGGGAAGAAAUGGAGAGUUUCCACAAGCUUCAAACCCACGAUUGGCUCAGGAAGACAGCAAAGCCCUAAUCACCAGGCUGCCAAAGACUGAGAGCCUCUUCCUGUAUUCAAAGAGCUGUAGAGGGAAACUAGAGACCUUUAAGCUUAGAGGAUUUUUUUUGGAAACCUGAUCUUUGUGCCUAGCCUCCUUUGCGAGCUGGUCCCUCACCUUUUUUUGCCACCUGCAUGUCCAUCUUUGUCUUUUUGCAAAACUAGGUUCCAGCCCUCCACCAAUUCCUCAGGACUCUUCCACACUGUAUGUUGUUGGAUUGUGGAACUCCCUGCCACAGGUUGCUGCUGUAGCUGAGAACUUAGCCAGAUUCAAAGAGGGACUGGAUGUUUAUGUGGAUAACAAGACCUGUAUGAUAGUAAAUGAUAAAGAAGCGGGUUUGGAAAGAAUAUUAAACCUCAAGUUCCAGGGUUUAAGGUGAUCUCUAGCUAUUAUGAUUUAGGAUGAGACAUUCAUGUGGGUAGAUGAUCCCAAACAUGGGUUCCUCUCACUUUCUUCUGCAGCAUCUGGUGCCAGGCCAGUGUCAGAGAUAAGACACUGGGCUAGAUGAAUCCCUGGUUCGAUACAGUCUGGCAGUCCCAGUUUUGAAAGCGCUCCUGUCACUAAUACGCAGUUAUAAUGAGAGCACCUAGGCUAGACAAAAUAUUGUAGAGCAGACACAGGCAGGGAAUGAUAUUCAUUCCUUCUGCUCUGAGACAGAUAUGCAGACAACCUCACUGUAAGCAUGAACCGCUUUCUGGGAAAAGCUUUUAUUUUCUAACAUGAUAAUCUAGGCAGCAUCUUUGUGAUUAGACCAGGAGCCGGGCAGCCCGGACUCCUGGGUUCUCUCAGCAGCCCUUCCACUGACUUCCCCUCUCCCUGUCCAUCUGGGCUAGUGAGGAUUCAUCUAUGAGUAAAGAGCUUUUGAGCUCCUCAACUAGAAAUCCCUACAUCAAUGCAGAGUGUAGGGCGAAAGAUUCUCUUUUAUGUAUGUCUUUUGCAAGUGAUUUUUACCAAAGCUGUUAGGGGCGAUCUCGGGAAUGACAGACCAGUGAGCCCUACCUCACCGUAUCUGUUAAAUCCGGUUGAAACAAUAAACAAAAAUAGAGUUACCAAACAUCUAGAAGAUAGUGAUAUAUGCUAGUGUCUAACCAGCACGGCCUCCCCAAAGGGAAACCAUGCCUCACUAACCUAUUAGAAUUCUUUGAGUGUGUCAAUAAAAUAGUGACUAAAGGAGAA